UUAUUUGCAUUUACUUUACUUUGCUUUACUUUACUUUACUUUUUAAAUUUAAUUUCAUUACAUUAGUUUGUUAGUCAUUGCAGACUGUUUAGGAUUUAAAUCAGUUAAUAGUUUCUUUUUGGUAUUAGUCCAUCGGGCCUGUUUUAUAUUUUUUAUUUUGCCAUUAUCUGUCAAUUUACUGUGUCGCAACCAAUAUGAAUUAAGUGUAUAAAUCAGUCAAAAGAAGCAUUUAAUUUAUAAAGAAUAAUAUUUCAUCAUAGUAAAGCAAUUUCCAAGCUAAAUUUAUUAUAAUCUCACUAUGAAUCCUCCUAAAGAAUCUAUUGUUAAACCCAUAGAUACAAGUACAAGUGCAAAUCAUAAAAAAGUAAUAUUUGAUUUAUUUGAUUUUCUUACAACUCCAAAUAGUGCCACGCCUACAUCAUAUUCCAAAUUAAAGCACUUAGAAUCCAUAGAAAUGAAUUCCCAUAAUAUUAGUACAUCACCUACUACAUCUUCACUGAUGAAGAUCAUUGAUUCUACAAGUUCCAUUAAUUCCCUAUUUGAUCCAAUACCCUCAUCCAAUCUUUCUACCAAUGUAAUAUCAACAAACCCUCAAACUGCAGCUACAACUGCCACAACUGCUACUACAAGUCCUAUCAAUUCAAAGUCAAACUUGAGAGACUUAGAAUUCUCAUCAAUUUUAAAUCAAAAAUUAUUACAAGAACAACAACACAGACAUGAACAAGAAGUUAGUCAAUCUUUAAUUAUCAUGUUGGUAGGUUUACCUGCUUCUGGUAAGAGUACUGUGGCAAAACAAUUUAAACAAUUUGUGAAUACUAAUACUAUUUACAAGACUGAAAUAUAUAAUGCUGGUAAUAUUCGUCGUAUUAAUCAUUCUAACUUUGAUGAUUCAGAUUAUUUCAAUCCAAAUAAUAUUCAGGGUAAACUUGAUCGUGAAUUAUUUGCUGAUAUAACAUUAACAAACUUGAUAACAGAUUUGACUUCUGGUACCACUCAAAUUGGGAUUUUAGAUGCUACAAACACUACCCUUGCCAGAAGACAACGUAUGAUAAGCCAAAUGAAUGUUAGAGCACCAAAUACAAGAAUUAUUAUACUUGAUGUUCAAUGCUUUGAUGCAAAAUUAUUAAAUUUUAAUAUCAAUGGUAAAGCUCAUAAUUCAGAUUAUAGAGACAAAGACUACAAUGAAGCUAUUUCAGAUUUCAAAAAGAGGACUGAACAUUAUUAUCAAGUUUAUGAGCCUAUUUGUACUGAAGAAUUAUCAGCAUACCCUAUUGAUAUGUAUGUUAAAAUUGUUAAUGCUGGUGAGACAUUUGAAUUUUUAAAUGUUAAAGAUGAAUUUGAAUCUGAAACUGAAACUGAGCCUACAAGCUUAUUUAAGAUCUUCAACGAUUUCAAAGCUCAUUAUUUUACCUGCGAGAGAACUAGAUAUAUAGAAGCUGUUAAUGCCUUUUACCAUAAAGAAAAGAUGAAUAAUGAAUACUAUUAAAUUAAAUUAAGGAGGGAAUGAUGACAUUAAACACACUACAGGGAUUAAAAAAAAUAAAAGAAAAAAAACACGUUUAUAGACAAUUAUAAAAUUUUCAGUUCUGGGAUAUAAUCUUUAAUUAUUGAUAUUUUGCUAGCUUAUAUUGCUUGCUUUGGGUU